GUCAGUGCAAAAGAGAAUGGCCAGCACCAAGUCCGCUCCUUACGCUUUCACUUCCGGUCCUUACUCCAACCAAGGCUCUGCGCCUGUACACUACUCUUCCGCCGCCUCUUCGUCCUCCGACUUCACCAUGUCGUCCCAGGCCGAUAGGCACUACUACGCUGCCAAUUCUCCUUCUCCUUCAACCACCAACCUCCUACCACCCUCGGCGACGAGAGGCUCGGGCCAGGGCGUGCAGGCCACGUUCGCGAAGGGCCCGACCUUGCGCAGCAUGGCCAGCAAUGGCUCUCUGAAUGAAUCGUCACCGUACACGGGCAUUGGAGGUGGGAUGUCCAAGACAUCCUCCUUGGCUCCUUCGAUUUCUGACAAGUUUUCUCUCUCCCCUGACCCCUCUUCCUGGGGCGCCGACCUCUCCCCCAAUCACCCUGAACCCGACGACUUUCUCCAUAAUCCCGAUCCCCGAAGGGACCGCAAGAAUGAUCAGGGCGGCACCAUCUUCACUUCAAGAGGUUUCACGAACUUGGGAUGCUUAGCGAUUCUGUGCAUAUCGCUUGUUACCUUAUUUGCCGGAUACCCUCUGAUAACCUAUUUCACCAAGCAUUCACUAAAGACCUUCGGUGGUUUCAACCUUGGUGGGAUUAAUGCGUCCGGGCAGGUUCCGAGUAUGGCUGGAAACUGGGGGCUUAUCGACCUCGACACCCCACAGGAGGCAUAUACCCACCCAUCGUACGCAGAUCCGACGCAGGAGAUGCAGCUCGUGUUCAGUGAUGAGUUCAAUGUGGAUGGCCGGACUUUCUACCCUGGUGACGACCCAUACUGGGAAGCUGUCGAUCUGCAUUACUGGCAGACGAACAACAUGGAAUGGUACUCUCCGGAUGCGAUUACGACAAAGGGUGGAGCGUUGAAGAUCACGCUCUCGAAGACGGAGACCCACGGUCUGGACUACCGCGGCGGCAUGAUGUCCACCUGGAACAAGUUCUGCUUUACGGGGGGCAUGAUCGUGACUGCCGUCACUUUGCCUGGCAUCAACAACAUUGUUGGUUUGUGGCCUGCUGUUUGGACCAUGGGUAACCUUGGCCGCGCUGGUUUUGGCGCGAGUCUGGAAGGAAUGUGGCCGUACACCUAUGAUGCUUGUGAUGUCGGUACCGCCCCCAAUCAGACGCAUAACGGUCUUCCCAUUGCGGCUACCGUUGGAGGCGAUAAGAGCUACGAUGGCGUCCUUUCUUACCUUCCUGGUCAGCGUCUGUCCAGGUGUACUUGCCCUGGCGAAUCGCAUCCCGGGCCCGUGCAUUCUGAUGGGACGUACGUUGGUCGGGCAGCACCUGAAAUCGAUAUCUUCGAGGCUCAGAUCAGUGGUGACCCGAAGCAGGGUUUCGUCUCCCAGUCGGCGCAGUGGGGUCCGUUCAAUGCCCAGUAUGAAUGGUUCAACACCAGUGACAAUCUGAUUAUUCCGGACCCGACUGCCACGGAGUUAAACUCGUAUACCGGAGGUGUCUACCAACAGGCUUCCUCGGGUGUAACCAAGACUGAGCAGGAUUGUUACGAGUUGGGAACGGGAUGCUUCUCCGUAUAUGGAUUCGAGUAUAAGCCUGGUUUCGAUAAUUCCUACAUUGCAUGGAUCGCAGCGGAUAAGCUCGCAUGGCAAUUGAAUGGUGCAGGUAUGGCUGCGGACAGCAGGGUGGAGAUCUCCGCCAGACCCGUUCCCCAAGAGCCUCUGUACAUCAUCGCCAACUUGGGUAUGUCGACAAACUUCGGUGACGUCGACUUGGACCACUUGACGUUCCCCACUACCAUGUCCAUUGAUUAUAUCCGGGUGUACCAACCCAAGAACGCGAUUAACAUCGGAUGUGAUCCUGAGGACUUCCCGACGCAAGCCUACAUCAAUCAAUAUCUUCGGGCUUACACGGACGCCAAUCUGACAACCUGGCGGGACGACUUCAAGCAGCCUUUCCCCAAGAGCAGCUUCUUAGGACAAUGCUAAGCUGCUUUGUGAGGCUGUUGCCCUGCUUUUGUCUCUCCUUGCAUCCGCUUUUCGUCCACAGUUGCUGCCAUACCUCUCACCUUGUACAGAUGCACACGCGCAUAUUUCAAAUGUCCCGUGAUAUCCUUUCACUUGCCUUGAGUUUCUCCAUUCGUGCCUCCCUUCGGAUACGCUACGUUUAAUCACAAACUUGCAUGAUCAUCUUGGGGUUUAUUUGGCGACGCCUUUGCUCGCUUCCAAGCCAACUUGGCUGUUGUCGCACUUCUCUUUGUGGAACAGCAGGCACUGGGAUGCAAUAGCUGACAAGCCUUUAGAAUUCUAGAGUUUGUAUAUUGAUACCGAUAACCCAUCGGAAUAUGUCCUAAAAGUGCAAUACAAAUAAAAAUGUCAAACAUGACAGAUGAACGACCACCUAUAGCUACAGUGAAGCGUGAUGUGAAUCCAAUAGAGCCUUUAAUUUAGUCAAUGUCCGCUCCAAAGUGAUGAUACCACCAGAUGUUAACCGGGGCACUGCUAGAUCUUGCGAACUAUCCUCUAACUUCGUCUUGCUCUUCUCGAUGAGGGCGUUGGCAUCCCGGAGGACCUUCUCCAGCUUGCCAUUCGUAUAAUACAUCCAGCGUAUCUCCGACUCUAUUGAUCCAGGAAGGAUCUCUAGAGCACGUCGCACGAAACCUCGAGAUAGCACAUAUGCUUUCUCGCUGUAUAAUCGGCUGUUGACCAUGCCCUCCUCAGUGCCUCGUAACUUCUCGUAUGCAGGUUCGCAAAACCAGGGUUCUUUGACAAGCACCAGGGCCUGUAUUGACACCAAGACUUGCAAGAGCGACGAUCGGGCAGGAUUCCAUACUUCGUUCUUGUCACCAGCCCAAGUGCCAAGGAUAGACAAGCAUACUUUGCCCUCUUCAUACAGGUUGGGGUUCACUCUACCAUUGCCGUUCGUCCAGCUGUGGAAGUGUGCUAUAGGCGGUGUAUUUGGGAAAUUCGAGUCUAGCAUCCAGUCGAUCACAAACGGAGCAUCCUCGUAAGGAGUGUUCUCCGGCCCAAUAAUCAAGGAUCGUAGUAAAUCCGUGCGGUCCUCGUAUGCACGGACAAUGAUCGAGUCAGGUAAGCUGCUCGAAAGCACCCGGUACUCUUUCGUUAGACGACCGAGGAAAUUCCUGGAGGGUUGUGCAGGAGGGGAGGCAUAGAACGCGUGGUCCACCGGUGUCGUCGGUAACAGCUCGAACUUCUUCCAGUUUGCGUCUCUGUCCUCCUCCGCGGGUUGUUCGCCGCUCUCUUCACCGUCGGCCGCGAUGUCUUCAGGCACGUCCGGCGCAGUAGACUUUUCCAUGGCCGACUCUGACGACAGGGCUUGUUCGCCAGAAGGGCGAGGCGUCACCGACUCUGUAGUGUAGUCCAUCAGAGGCGGGCUGAUAUCCAUGACAGGCUCUGUCUCCUCAUAGUCAGACCCAUCCACGUCCAUAGCAUCCUCCGGCUCGUCUUCAUCCUCAUCCGCUUCCUCCCACUCGUCUUUAUCAUCGAUGUCAUGCGCAGGCCGCCAGACGCCGUUCUCGUCCUGCGCCCAGUAUUCGUCGGUCUCGCCCUCGCUUCCCUCCCCAAACUCGGACGCCUCGUCGGCCAUCAUGUCUUCGAGCUGUUCCAACCCAUCGUACAAGCGCGUCAGGCGGUCGAGCGGCAGGAUGACCUCGGACUCGUCGGGUAGUAGAACCUUUACGGUUCCGUCCAGGAGCAAAUCAGACACCUCACCGAACCAGUUCAAAGAGCUGUCGUCCUUGCUGGGCCGCCGCACACUCCCCUCCUCAUACCCAUGCGUCCCGCGCUUCUGCGCAAUAUCCGCGCCGAUCACCGCCAUCUCCCUCCUCCACCCAUCCACGAGGCCCCUGCUAUCCAC